UGUUGUCAUCGCUGACUUCCCAACCUCUGUUGUGCGCGCUUGCGUUUGGUUUCCUGUUUGCACAACCAACAAAUUCACAACAAACUGAACUAAAAACCAUAAAGCUUGAAUGUUAUAAAUUAAAUAUGAUCUAAGAUUAAACUCGCAUUUUAAUGGACACGAACUCGAAGCCCUGCGCGAGGCGAGAAAAGGAGUGUGUGUUGGCGAUGUCUGACAGCCUGUCUCUGCCCUCUUACGCCGAUUAUCCCACGAGACGUCCCUUCAUCAACACACACACUCACACACUCCUGCCCUACAGCAGCAGAGCCGUGAAAGCCUUUCCUGAGAGCAGCGGGGCAGAGAUUAUUUCAGCGCUGAAGAACCUGCAGGAGAAGAUCCGUCGCCUGGAGCUGGAGCGACGACAACACACACACUCCUCGGAGCGACGAGAACACACACACUCCCCGGAGAGACCCGACACCGACCUGCGCGCUCAGCUGUCUGCGGCCGAGACCCGAUGCUCGCGGUUGGAGAGACAGUUGGAGCUCAUGAGGAAGAGUGUACGACACACUGAGUCAGACAGAACCGCUGUGCUGCAACAACAGGUGUCUCUGGAGCGUGUGUGUUCUGUGGAUCAGUUGUGUAAGCUGGAUGUUCUGGAACAGGAGUAUCACCGACUGACGGAGACUCAGAGAGUCACUGAGAGGAAGAUCCGAACACUGGAGAGGAAACUGCAGGAAGAGGAACAUCAGAGGAAACUGGUGCAGGAGCGAGCAGCUCAGUUACAGACGGGUCUUGAAGUCAAUCGUCUGCUCAUUCAGUCUGUUUCUCCUCGUCCUCAUAAAGCGAGCCGGAUCAGACAGAAGAAAAGCUCCUCAACGAGAGAGCCGUCCGUCCCGCAGCCGCAUUACAGACUCAGUCUGGGAGACGUGCCGUUCGUGACCGGGACGUCGACGAGCUCGAGUCACUCGGUGCGAGCGAACGUGCAGCGGGUCCUUCAUCUCAUGAAGCAUCAUCAUCCUCAGCUGUGUAACGAGCGUGUGCUGGGACACGCCCCCUCCUCCAGUGGCCCCACCUCCUCCUCCAGUGGCCCUGCCCCCUCUCCCACUGGCUCCGCCCCCUGUAGGGAAGAGCUGUCGGAGCUGCUGCUGACGCUUCAGGACGAGUUCAGACUCAUGAGCUGCGAGCAGCAGGAGUUGUGCACACAGAUCCAGUCCUGCACUUCGGAUCGACUCCGACAGAAGAUGGAGCGAGAGAUGGAGACGCUCGUGAAGAGAAUGGAGAAUAAAGGAGAGCAGAUCGCUCAAGUCAGGCGCCAUCAAGCUCAGAUGGAGCGGCUGAGGAAGCGCAGUGGUAAACAGAGUCCCGGUGGAGGAUCGGCGUCGGUGCGGCUGAGACCCGGCGAGCGGAUCAGACAGAGUCUGAGUCUGCUGAAGGACAUGCGCUCGCUGCAGAACUCGCUGCGCUGGGACCACUGACACCAGCGGGUUCAGCGGAAAACUCACGUCCGUGGCUCUAAACAUGCCUGGGUCAAAGGUCGCCGCUAAAACAUGCCCGGGUCAAAGGUCGCCGCUGAAACAUGCUUUGAGUCAAAGGUCACCGCUAAAACUUGCCCGGGUCAAAGGUCGCCGCUAAAGCAUGCCCGGGUAAUGUUUGGUUUUUUUUAUUUCCACGACAUUUA